AUGUCUGUCGCCUGGAACGUUCCCUUCGUCAAGACGGUCCACAAGCAGCCGUACGCUGCCAUAUCGCCUUCCCGACCUGAGCUCAGCCAGGCCGGGAAGACCGUGCUUGUCCUCGGAGGCUCGAUCAGCAUCGGUCUCUCUAUCGCCAAGUCGUUCGUGCAGGCCUCGGCUUCGCAUGUCAUCGUCACUGGGCGACGCCAAACCGUCCUGGACAACGCGGUGGCUGAGCUCAAAGCCGAAGCCAAGGGCUCGGGCACUACCAUCACCGGCAUUUCAUCGGAUAUGGCGGACCUCGCUGCCACCGAGAAGCUGUGGGAUGAACUGAAGCACCGCGGCAUUGUCGUUGAUGUUCUCGUUCUCAACGGUGUUAACGCGGGACCGGCGAAACCGCUCUUGGAGGCCGGCCUGGCUCCGGUCUGGAACGCGUUCGAGGCGAACGUACGGGCUCUGCUUGACCACACCGAGAGAUUCCGUAAACAAGAAGGGAGCUCCAACAGGUCCAAGGCAGGUUUCCUCCAUUACCUGAUCAACCUCUCCACGGUCGCCAUUCAUCUCUACGAGGUCGAGGCCAAGGCAAUUCCGACUUAUGCUCUGACGAAGAGCGCUGGCACGCUGUUGGUGCAGCUGAUCGCCAACGACACAGACCCCAGUGAUCUGCAAGUUAUCAGCUUCAAUCCGGGCUCGAUUCUAUCCGAGUCGGCCCGGAACGUGGGCUUUGAUGAGACCUCCUUCCCCUGGGACGACGGUAACGCUCUCUCUCUUGCUCUCUUUCUUUGCUUGCUGCGGCUCAGGGUUAGGUUGCUGACGCCCGGCACCAGAGAAACUCCCAGGCCAUUUCGCCGUCUGGAGUGCGACUGA